AUGAGGUACACCGCACUCUUCACACCCUUGCUGCCAUCUACUGAUCGUACCAAGCUCCUCAUACACCUCCUCACGCCGAUGACCACACCCCAACUCCUCCCUCUAGCGCUCCUCUCGCACCGAAUCUAUACUAUUGUUCUACGCAUCCUCCACAACCGUCUUGUCAUAGCAUCUGAACUCGAAUCGCACUCAGUGCUCCUCGAAUGCUUCCAUCCGUCUGCGAAGCUUACCGAGCCGCCCUACUUCUGCUCCUACCAUGGCACCUACGGUCUUAAGCGCUACAAUGAGCUUCCAGAGAAUGACAAGCAUUUGGCUUCGCGAUUGGGCGAGAUGCGCAACUUCUAUUCACGGUUUCGACCACAUCGACGGGAGCUGGAGACGGGCGGUAGGAGGGUGAGACCACCAGGCGACGUGCCGGGCAGUCGCACAUUUGCCGGCACCGCGACGGAUGGGUUCGAAGGAGAUACUGUAAAGCAAAUAUUGAGUCUGGACGGACAUGAACUGUUCACACAGCUAGUUGCUCAAACCAAUCUCGUCAAAAUUGGACCCAGGAAUGGACUUUUUACAUGUUUUGUGGGCAUAGAGGACGGUGUCGUCAGGGUAUGGAGAGAAUGGUUGAGAGAUACGGCGGCGAAACGACAUAAUGUGAAUAUAAAGGAAGAGAUCGUGGAUGAAGUUUGCCAAGAAAAGGGAAAGGCAAUUGCCAAGAAAACGUCGGAAGCGGAAGGCGAUGAGCAAAUCGACAAUCCAAAAGUACUAUGGGUCAGUUCAAACAAGAACACAGGCAUACGUCUCAACGUACGGGAGAGGAAACUCAGAAGAGACAUACCUAUCCUUGUACGGGCAGAUGAAGAAGACAUGCCCGUCAGUUACGAAAUCGAGUAUGAUGGUAGGCGCUCUGAUACCACACUUCUGCUGAAACUCAUUGACGGUAAUCAGAGCUUUUAA